AUGACUGGUGAGCCUGCGGUCACAUCGCAAGCGCUCAGCCGGGCUUUGCCGGAGGACUCCCCAGGGGACGGCCUUAUGGUGGGAUCCCCUCCGAUGCCCACAACAACGUCCGGCAACCCCUCCACAGAGCGGCAUGCUCCACUGCAGCAGGACUACAAGCGAGUUUUCGGAGACGAAAACACUAGGUCAGAGGGCAGUCGCUUCAAUGAUAAGGCCGUUCUAUCUGCUCCUCGGUACCAGGACCCCUCAGCGCAACAGGGCCCUGACCUUAAGGCAGAAGUCUCCCCCAGCAAGGGAGUCAAGAUGCUGAAGUGUCGUCGGACAUACCCCACGACGAAUUCUGAUAAAUGGCAACCCAAUCUCUUGCCCACUAGUCUUCUCACAUCGUUCCCAACCAGCUCCCGCGAUCUCGACAAACUGAAGAUUUCACAGCUUACCCGUGGACAUCCGGCUGAUCAUGGCUAUCCUGCAUUUGGUUCGAUGCGCUGUCUGGGUGCUGAUGGCCCCAGCAGCCGUAGCGCAAUUCAACUCCACCGUAAGUUCAUCUUGACCUCGCGCGACGCCAUGCUCGACUUCGAUACUGGCUCAUUUGUCCUCGACCCGGAGACCGGAUAUGAGAAGACUAGUGGGAGAUCCAGUGGAGGUGUUCACGGCUGGUUCGUGGGCAGCGGGUUUGAACUACAGGGGCGGGCUGGUUGGAAGCGUUCCGGACAAAAUGAGACCAACGACCCCGGCUUGGCCACUAUCCAGCCUGCAAAUCGCUUCCGAUCGAGCAACGUUACUCGAGAGUUCAGUUUGGCGGCUCAAAACACCACAUUUCGCACCGGAGCGUCGCCUGUCAACUUGUCAGCCUAUGAAUUUAUGAUGUCUUGGACAGCAUCCGGCCUCUUGGAAUUCCAUAAUCUCACUGUCGAGCUACCGGUCCGAACACAAGCUCCGUCGGUUGAAUUGCUGAAACAGCAAACUGCAUAUGUUCCGGUGGUCCAGAGUGGUCAUCUGAACGCCAUCAUGUCGGUUGCUAUCUUUUUGCAAAACCGGAACGUCAGGGAACUCAUCGGCAUGUAUCAACAGCGUAGGGAUCUCGGGCCACCGCGAUGGCCCACGGAAGCACCCAGCCAAACACCACCGAAUCUGGACAAGUGGGAAGUCAUCCAUGAUACGCUGGUACUGCGGAACAUGUCUGAGCUAUCGUACACCCUACCCACCAACACAACGUUAGUGGAGGUGCUGGGGCCCGUCGGUCGCAGCAACUUAACGUUCGAAGGCAGCCAGUGCUACGCAACUCUGGAUCCCCGACCCAGCUGGUGGAGCAAUGGCAGCUUUCCUUUCGCUGUGGGGGAGAAGGCUGUCAAUGGGACGAACCGGACCAUGUUCUUGCUUCCUGUUGAUCCGGCCAUCAAAUCAACUCUGCAGAUAGGAGGCGUCGGAAUGGACACAACGUGCUUGGUCUCGGGAAUGAAGACUUAUCCCUUCCAUUAG